AUGUUCCAACCGGGUUUCCCUGAUCCUCCAAGGUGGCUGAUCAAAAGUGGCGUCGUUGGAGAAGUCGAUGUUGGUGGUGGUGACGGUGGUGGAGGGGAGAGCCUGACGUCUUACUGCCGACGGGAACGAUGCAAGUCCAGGUUUCUGCAGGGUAACCUUUUCUAUGUUACAAUGGGAACGCAGGACGCAGUGUUGAGCCAAGUUUUGCUGCAGCAGGUGGACGAAGGUCCGAGUCAACGAUAG